AACCAGUAUUGCUUCUCUUCACUCCUGAUUCCAACCGCCAUUGUAUGGUGGAGCAAUAUUGAACACGACAGGAUUGAGCAAUUAUGUCUAAAAGUAAAUAUCGAUUAUUUAAACGAUUUUCAUCUUUUUUGAUUUUGGAAGAGCAACAAUGAAGAGUUGAGAAAAGCGGUGAGAUGUGCUAUUGAGUGUGGUUACCGACAUAUCGACACCGCCCAUAAAUAUGGGAACGAGGAGGUGGUGGGCGAGGCAGUGCGCCAGGCAAUAUUAGACGGAGUGGUUACUAGGGAGGAGAUGUUCAUUACCACCAAGUUGGCCAGGGCCAGGAUGGGUGGGGACAGUGUGGCACCCAGUCUGCAGCAAAGUCUGGACAGACUUCAAAUGGAUUACGUCGACUUGUACUUAGUGCACUCACCUUUUGGAUAUAAGAAUCGAGGAAAUGGAAGCUUACUGCCCAGAGACCAGACAGGUAGACUGGAGUAUGAACACUAUGAUGCUGUGAAAACCUGGCGGGAAAUGGAGAAACUAGUGGAUGCUGGGAAAGUAAAGUCCAUCGGUGUGUCCAAUUUUAACUCCGUACAAUUAGACUAUGUGUGCAGGAAUGCCCGGAUAAUCCCAGUGACGAACCAGGUUGAAGUUCAUGCCUACUUACCCCAGUACGCUUUAAACGAGUUCUGCAGGUCAAGGGGAAUAACUCUUACAGCCUAUGCCCCCUUAGGCGCACCACGCCGGGCUGAUGUGUACCAGCGGGAAAACGACCCAGUGCUUUUAGAAGAAGAGAUUGUCCUGAAGAUUGCAAAGAAAUAUGGGAAAACACCCGCCCAGAUUUUACUGAGGGACAUCGUCCAGCGGGGAAUUGCAGUUCUACCGAAGAGUUCAACACCGUCUAGGAUAAAGGAAAACAUCGAGAUUUUUGAUUUUGAACUCGCGCAGGAAGAUGUUGUCGCCUUAGCUGAACUCAACAAAAGAAAGCGACGGUUUUACGACAUGCUUUGGAUGGCGGAGGGUCAUCCGGAUUACCCAUUUACCGUGGCGUAUUAACAUCAACAAGAAGAGUCCCUGGAAAAGACACUAUAUCCGACAGUGUAACACUGAGAUACAAUGCACCUUUGUUCCACUGGUCAUGUUCUCUAGUAAUGUUAAAACUAUUGCCAAUGUGUAGCAAACCCAAACAAUGUAAGAAUAUAUAUACUCGUAUGAUUGAUAUGAGCACUCCAUGAGCUUUCCUUCCGCCUGACCGGAACUCAUUUUGACCGGAUGUGCUUAGAUAGCUCACCAUUUUACAAAAUAAAUACAAUAAAAUGAAA